AUUUAAUGUAUUAAUAUAUCUAAGUACAGUGUAUAUAUACAGUAUUUGUGUUCAAGCAAAAUAGUAAAUGCAUUUGGCCAGAUUAAUGUUUAAGUUUCAUCACAGCAAGCCAUGUAAUCCAAAAUAUGUGCCAUGGGUAGGGCUCUUCCAUUCCAAGUGUCUUCCAGAUCUAGGGAAUGACUACUUAAAAAUGAUUGGUUGUGCAUGGUGUGAAUGUCGCUGAGCAGGUGCACUAUUACAGCCAGUUUCAUGUGACUGCAACUGCGCUUGCCCCACCUGUUUAACCUGACUGCAGCUCACCUAAAGUCACGCCCACCUUCCCUCAGGUACAGCACAUUUGAUAGCGGAACUGGCUGGCUAAAUAACAGGGCUAGUUCCUUGUACAAACAAGUGAACUGUCCACCAUACAUGGUAGGGUUUGAUUACUGUUUGUUACAGUUUUCAUUUUCCACUUUGUGCCAGCCGUUCUAAUCUUUUUGGGACUGGUUGUGAUCUUGACUCAUGCAGCACUAAUCUAAGUCUUUUAGAAAGAGGAUAUAUUUUCAGGUGUGAGAUUAUGGGGUCUGAUGAAGCCUAUAACUUUGUUUUCAAAGUGGUUUUGAUUGGUGAAUCUGGUGUAGGCAAGAGCAACUUGCUGUCCCGUUUCACUAAGAAUGAAUUUAAUCAUGACAGCCGCACGACCAUCGGAGUGGAGUUCAGCACAAGAACUGUGCAGCUGAACGGUCUCACCAUCAAAGCUCAGAUCUGGGACACUGCUGGACUGGAGCGGUAUCGGGCUAUCACCUCAGCAUAUUAUCGAGGAGCAGUUGGAGCUCUACUAGUCUAUGACAUUUCGAAGCAUUUGACCUAUGAAAGUGCUGAGCGUUGGCUGAAGGAACUCUAUGAUCAUGCAGAUCCUCAUAUAGUAGUGAUGGUUGUGGGCAACAAAACAGACUUGGCAGCAGUACGGACCGUUCCAACAGAGGAUGCAAUGGACUUUGCAGAAAAAAAUGGUCUUCUGUUCAUGGAAACUUCAGCUUUGGAGUCAACAAAUGUUGAGGCAGCAUUCAACACUGUCCUUACAGAAAUCCAUAAAAAAGUGAGCAGCAAAGAGGUGACUCGAGGGUCCAUCAAUGCUGUGACAUUGUCCCAACCCAAAGCGACAGCAGCUGAUGCACAAGAGGAAAAAAAGACCUGUUGUAAGAAUAUGUGAUGCAGCAUUCAAGAUGGAAGGACAUUCCGGAGUUCUGUUUGGAAUUCAGCGUGUAGAUCGAGAACUGCAAGUUCUUGAUUAGAAAGAACAAGCAUGAUAAAAAGUGAAAGAAAAACAAAACCAUUUCAUUGACUGACAUAGCCAUAUUUGUAUUCUUAAAUAUUAUAUUAUAAUUAAAAGGCAUUUUUAUAUGCUUGUCAAUUUUCCUUAAUUUUACUGUAUUUUCCCCAUGUUCUCUAAUUUCUUUCCAAAGUAAAUAUAUUUUUUGCUUCUGUUGACAUUAUUUAUGUACUGUCAUGGCAAACUUUCCUAAUCAUAUUUUCUUUGUCAUCAUUGUAAUUGACUUAUAAAGAUCAAUUGAUGCUGGCAAAGCAAACAUUUUAUAUUAUUUUAUUUAGUAGGUUAGAUGGAGGGAAGUUUUUCCAUUUACACACUCAUUCACACAAUUUGUUUUAAAUUUGAUUUAUUGAACAUGUAAUGGAGAUAAUUGAGCAUAAAGGAUACAACACAGUCAGUAAAAAUAAACUAAUCAGAACUUAACAUUUUGUGCUAUUAACAUUUUUAAU